AUGAACGUGUUUUUCCGAAUCGGUGACAAGUUUUCUGACAAACUUUAUUGCCCGAGAUUAAUUCAUUUUACAUACAUACAUACAUAUAUAUAUAUAUAUAUUAACAUUGUACUACAAGCACUAACAUUACAAACAGUUUCGUCUCUAAUAAAAAAAGAAAAAAGCGGCCCGUCGAUAAUGUUGAAAAAUUAUAUCGCUAAACAAGUCACUUCCGACGAACUUCGCACACUCAUCACGUGCAGCGGCCGUUUUGUUCUUCAUAGUGUGAGUAAAGAUCCGUAUGAUAAUCUUGCCUUAGAAGAUUAUUUGUUUCGUCAUACCCCUUUGCCAGAGAGUACUAGUGCUACUUCAGUUAAGAAUAACCGAUUAUUUCUUUAUAUCAAUAAUCCAUGUUGUGUCAUUGGACGUAAUCAAUUAUUAUGGAGAGAAGUCAAUGUAAGCCGUGCUAUUGCCCAAGGGAUCCCACUUGUAAGACGUCUAUCCGGAGGCGGCGCCGUAGUGCAUGAUUGGGGUAAUAUCAAUUACGCGCACGUGACCACGCGUGAUGGGUUCACAAGAACAGAAUUCACUACUAAACUUGUAAGAUGGCUUGUAGAACGUGAUCCAACUACACUUUAUAGCCGCCUACAAGCUACUGAUCGUGGCGAUAUCACGUUGGACGGCACGCAUAAGCUGGGCGGCAGCGCGUUCAAGAUCGGAGCACGUGGCCGUGCUUAUCAUCAUGGGACCUUAUUAGUCGAUUCACAACUAGACCAAAUUAAAGGGCUUCUCCAAUCCUCCCAGGGCAUUCCUGGUGUCACGUGGACAGGUAGCGGCGUGGACAGUGUCCGUGCACACGUGACCAACUUACCUGGCAGCCACAGCGUCACUUCAAUUUGGGAAACAAUCACGAUGGGAUUCCAAAGGGACUUUGCCGGAUCGGCGAAUAAUCACGUGCCACCGAAUUCGUCAUCACACAUAUCUCAGCACGUGCCCGUAUAUUCCUGCAAUGCCUCUAAGUUGCAAAUCGCCGAAGUUCAAGAGACAGCACAGAAAUUGCGUAGCGCUGAUUGGGUGCACGGCGGCGGGCCGCCGUUCUCGGUUCAUUUCGGCCCACCUCAGACCAUGCCGGAGCGUAAUGUCGCAGUGCGCCACGGCAUUAUCUGUGCAACCGAUAUUGUGGGGCUGGCCCUGGGCACGCCAUUUGCCGAGUUCUGCCGCACCAGCCGUGCUGUCCAUGGACUGGGUGUUGACAGCUUAUAA